CCUCCCAUGGCGGUGCUGCAGCACGCGUGCACCGCCCCGCUCGCGCGCGCCCUGCGCUCCCGCGCAGCCGCCUCCAUCGCCACCUCCCCUCCGGUGCGCUUGCCCCGGGCGGACUCCCGCGUGCUCCUCGGCUUGUCCGAACCGGAGCUCCGCCAGCUCGCCCUUGACUUCGGCCAGCAAAGCUAUCGAGGGAAGCAGCUUCAUGAUUUACUGUACAAGACCAAGGUUAAAGAAAUCCAAGACUUCAGCCAUCUGCCACAAGCAUUUCGGGAGAGCCUUCGGGAAGCUGGGUGGAGGGUUGGGAGAUCUCCUGUUCAUCAUGUUGUUUCCGCAGCUGAUGGCACUCUUAAGAUACUCAUAAAGUUGGAAGACAACAGAUUGAUUGAAACUGUAGGAAUUCCUGUUGAAGAUGGUAAUGGUUCCUUUCGUCUCACUGCCUGUGUGUCAUCACAGGUAGGCUGUCCCUUGCGUUGCUCGUUUUGUGCUACUGGGAAGGGUGGGUUUUCAAGAAACCUCCUGCCACAUGAGAUUGUUGAGCAGGUCUUGGCUAUUGAGGAUCUCUUCAAACAUAGGGUAACGAAUGUCGUGUUCAUGGGCAUGGGUGAACCAAUGUUGAAUCUGAAGUCAGUUCUGGAAUCACACACAUGCCUCAAUAAGGAUGUGCAAAUUGGGCAAAGAAUGAUGACAAUAUCAACAGUUGGUGUUCCCAACACAAUCAAGAUGCUGGCGACACACAAGCUGCAGUCAACUUUGGCUGUGAGCUUACAUGCACCUAACCAGAAACUCCGAGAAACAAUAGUCCCCAGUGCAAAGUCUUACCCCUUGAAUGCGCUGAUCGACGACUGCAAGCAUUACUUUUCGGAAACCAGACGCCGAGUAACAUUCGAGUAUACACUUUUAGCUGGGAUAAAUGAUGGAGUGGAACAUGCAGCAGAACUCGCGGAACUAAUUCAUACUUGUGGUCGUGGUUAUCAUGUGAAUCUGAUCCCUUUCAAUCCAAUAGAAGGUUCCGAGUACCGAAGGCCAUACAAGAAAGCGGUAUUAGCUUUCAUGGCGACACUGGAAUCUAAGAAGAUUACAGUUAGUGUUCGGCAGACACGUGGGCUCGAUGCGAGUGCAGCUUGUGGGCAACUCAGAAACGCCCACCAGAAAAGUCCACUGGUUGAAGUUGAACCUUCGGCGGCUCUACCUCAACUCUCACCCAGCUGAUGGAGGUAAAACCCAUGCAUCUGUCAUCUGAGUCUCCACCAAGGGAUAUAUCCCUUGAAAGCCAGACAAGGUUGGUUGCUUGUGCCGUCAACUAGCAACAAAAGCUAUGGAUUGCAUCCUUUGUUUGAUGAGCAUAGGAUGUCCGAUUUGAGGAGAUGGUGAAGCAGAUUCAGGUUCAAAACUAGGAGGAUUCCAUGCAUAAUUCUGAGGCAAAUCCAAUGUCUUGACCCAAGUAACUGUUUCGAAAUUGUUCAUGUUAGAAUUAAUUCCAAUGCCAUGGAAUCCCACACCAAGCUAACAAACUAUUAACAUCCCUAUCGAUAUAUAAAAAUAGCAGAUGGUAUUGGGGUGCUUGGGCUCAAAGAAAGGUAAGGUUUUAAUUAAAGUCAUGUGCACCCAAAUUCUGUCCCUAAUUGCUUUA